AUGGCGGCCAAAGUCUGUGGGAUGGCGGCCAAAAUCCGUGGAAUAGCAGCCAAAAUCCGUGGAAUCGCAGCCAGGGAUGUGGGGAUGAUCGACAUCCGGAACACGGUGGGGAACAUUCCCAUGGAAUGGUACCAGGAUUUCCCGCACAUCGGGUACGACCUGGACGGGAAGAGGAUCUACAAACCCCUGCGGAGCAAGGACGAGCUGGACCUCUUCCUGGAGAAGAUGGAAAACCCGGAAUACUGGCGCACGGUGCAGGACCGGCAGACGGGGGCGGAGGUGGCCCUGUCGGAGGAGCAGCUGGAGCUGGUGCAGCGCCUGCAGCGGGGACACUUCGGGGACGUCAACUUCGACCCCUACGAGCCGUCCGUGGAUUUCUUCAGCCACGAGGUGCGGAUCCACCCGGUGACCAACCGGCCGGCGGACAAGCGGAGCUUCAUCCCUUCCCUGGUGGAGAAGGAGAAGGUGGGAGAAAGGAAAAGCCCGGAAUUCUGGCGGGAGAUCCGGGUGGGGAAGCUGAGGAGGGCGGGAAGAUCCCGGUGGGAUGAGAAUUGGAAAGAUCCCAGUGGGAUGAGGAGAUUGGGAAGAUCCCAGUGGGAUGAGGAGAAGGGAAAAGCUGAAGAGAACGGGAAGAUCCAGGAGCUGGCCUGGCGGCAGCAGGAGCCGUCGGAGCGGCGCCUGAGCUUCGUGCCGCGGCGCUUCCCGAGCCUGCGCGCCGUGCCCGCCUACCCGCGCUUCAUCCACGAGCGCUUCGAGCGCUGCCUCGACCUCUACCUCUGCCCCCGCCAGCGCAGGAUGCGGGUCAACGUGGAUCCUGAGGAUCUCAUUCCCAAACUGCCCAGGCCGAGGGAUCUGCAGCCCUUCCCCACCACCCAGGCCCUGAUCUACCGCGGCCACUCCAGCCUGGUGCGGACCCUGAGCGUCUCCCCCAGCGGGCAGUGGUUGGCGUCAGGCUCGGACGACGGCACGGUGCGGUUCUGGGAGGUGAGCACGGCGCGCUGCCUGCGCACGCUGACCCUCGGCGCCGUCGUCAAGAGCGUGGCCUGGAACCCCAACCCCGGCGUCUGCCUGCUGGCCGUGGCCGUGGACGAGCAGGUGCUCCUGGUGAACCCGGGCCUCGGGGACCGGCUGCUGGUGGCAGCCACGGACCAGCUCCUGGAUUCCUGGGAAGCGCCGGAGGAGGAGCGGGUGCAGCCGGUGCGCUGGGUGCCGGCCGGCCCCGAGGAGCGCGCCAAGGGGAUCCGCCUGCUGGUGCAGCACGGCAAGGUGGGAGCGCCACUCCCGGGAUCCCGCUGGGACCGGCAUUCCCGGGAUCUGGGUGGGAUCGGCAUUCCCGGGAUCCAGGUGGGAUCAGCAUUCCCAGGGUUCGGUCUUGUUCCCAUUCCCAUUGUGAUCGUCAUUCCCUGGAUCCAGGUGUGA